ACACCAAUAACAACCAUAGCCAUUGUAGCAGUUAGCAAAACAUUGCUCCGUGCGGAUGACGCCCAUUAAUCCCCUUCCAGCUGUGCGCCGCCUCCUUUUUUUUUUAUAUUAGACUGCAAAUAAUCUGCAGCGACAUGUGAAGGUAAACCUUAGUGUCUGAGUACCGACAACCUGCCCGGCGUGAAAGCGAUAAUGGGCUGCUUGAGGGUUUGCCUGCAGCGUAUAAGACGCAAAGUGAAGCUGGACCUGCUUAGAGAUCUGGGUCGACAGUAUCCAGUGUUCUGCUUCCUGCUGUUGGCGCUUCUCCUGUUUACAGUGCUAUUAAACAGAUACAUCCAUAUCAUCAUGGUUGUCUGGUCCUUCCUGGCCGGUGUUGUUACUUUCUAUUGUUCCCUGGGGCCUGAGUCUUUGCUGCCAAACAUCCUAGUCAACAUCAAGCCAAAAAUAAAGUCCUACCAGCAGGAGUUGUUUCCACUGGGCAGCAGUUGUGCCGUUUGUGGGAAGAUCAGGUGCAAAAGGCACAGACCUACCCUGUUACUGGAAAACUACCAACCAUGGCUUGAUCUCAAAGUUUCCUCUAAGGUGGAUGCUUCUCUUUCAGAGAUUCUGGAACUUGUCCUGGAAAACUUUGUGUAUCCUUGGUAUAGGGAUGUGACAGAUGAUGAGGCGUUUGUGGAUGAACUAAGGGCCACUUUACGUUUUUUCGCCGCCGUGUUGGUCCGUCGAAUCCAGAAGGUUGAUGUCGCGUCUCUCAUCACACGAAAGCUCCUCAAAGUCUCCAUGAAGCACAUUGAGUUAAUUGCUAAGGCAAGGCAGAGAGUAAAGAACACGGAGCAUCUUCAACAAGCGGUCUUGGAGGAGUACGGGCCGGACCUUCAUGUAGCCCUGCGUAGUCGCCGAGAUGAGCUUCUUUACCUCAGGCAGUUGACUGAGAUGCUCUUUCCUUACAUCCUGCCACCUAAAGCCACGGACUGUAGAUCCCUAACUUUGCUUAUAAGAGAAGUCUUGGCUGGUUCUGUCUUCCUUCCUUCGAUGGACUUCCUGGCCGAUCCUGACACAGUGAAUUAUUUGGUUUUGCUCUUCAUUGACAACUCUCCACCCGAAGAAGCCACGGAGCCAACGUCAGUGCUGGUGCCUUUUCUGCAAAAGUACUCUGAUCCUCGCAGCAGAAAGCCUUCAGUUCUAAAGCUGGAGUUAAAAGAAAUCCGGGAGCAGCAAGACCUACUCUUCCGUUUCAUGAACUUUUUGAAGCAAGAAGGAGCCGUCCACGUGCUCCAGUUCUGCCUUGCAGUGGAGGAGUUCAACGACAGGAUACUGUGCCCAGAGUUACCAGACUCAGAGAAGAUGAUGCUUCAUGAUGAGGUGAAGAAGAUCUACGAAACUUACUGUCUCGACGAGAGUGUCGACAAGAUCCGUUUUGACCCCUUUAUUGUGGAAGAGAUACGUAACAUUGCAGAGGGCCCGUAUUCGGAGGUGGUAAAGCUUCAGACCAUGAGAUGUUUGUUCGAAGCAUAUGAACAUGUCCUCUCGCUCCUGGAGAACGUCUUUACACCCAUGUUCUGCCACAGUGAUGAGUACUUCCGCCAACUUCUAAGAGGAGCUGAGUCCCCCGCUAGGAAUUCCAAAAUGAGCAGUUCCUGGGACUGGAGCCCCGACUCUCCGUCCUCACAGUUCACCGCCUCUGGCAGCUCUUCACCUGCAUCUUUUAACUCCCUCCAUGCCCAGUUAACAACUUUUCCAUACGGCUCGCUAUCCCACCGCCACUCCCUAUCACCCAAGAGCACGUCAAAGAGAGGCGAGUCCUUUGGGAUCAGCCGCAUAGGCAGUAAGAUCAAGGGGGUUUUCAAGAGCACAACCAUGGAGGGAGCCAUGUUGCCAGCCUAUGGGGUGGUGGAGGGAGAGGAUGAUCUGGUGGAGGAAGCCAUGAUGGUGCUGGAGGAUGACUCACCGAUAGAGGCAGCCUCCACGCCCAGCACGCCGCGCAAUCUCUCUGCCUGGAACAUCACCAUCCCUUACAUUGACUUCUAUGACGAUGACGUGAAGAGGGAGAGGAUUCCGGUGUUCUGCAUCGACGUGGAGCGUAACGACCGCAAAGCAGUGGGCCACGAGACCGAGCACUGGUCUGUAUACAGGAGAUAUCUGGAGUUCUACGUUCUUGAGUCAAAGCUUACCGAAUUUCAUGGAUCAUUUCCAGAUGCACAGUUGCCUUCCAAGAGAAUCAUCGGUCCUAAGAAUUAUGAGUUCCUCACAUCCAAGAGGGAGGAGUUUCAGGAGUACCUUCAGAAACUCCUGCAGCACCCCGAGUUGAGCAACAGCCAACUCCUGGCUGACUUCCUGUCCCCGCACAGCAUGGAGUCUCAGUUCUUGGACAAGAUGUUGCCCGACGUAAACCUCGGGAAAAUCAUUAAGUCCGUUCCCAGCAAACUGAUAAAAGAGAAAGGGCAGCAUCUGGAGUCUUUCAUCCAAUCCUUCUUCAACUCUUGUGAGUCCCCCAAGCCCAAACCCAGCCGGCCCGAGCUCACUAUCCUGAGCCCCACUUCAGAAAACGAUAAAAAGCUCUUCAAUGACCUCUUCAGGAACAAUGCCAACCGAUCCGAUAUGGUAGAGAAGAGGCACAACCUGAACUAUUUCAUGGAAAUCCUCACUGUUGAUGGGGUGUACGACUAUUUAUUGUACGUAGGCCGUGUCGUCUUCCACAUUCCUGACUGGUUGCAUCACCUGUUGAUGGGUGGAAGGAUCCUGUUCAAGAACACCCUGGAGGCCUACACUGAUUACUAUCUUCAGCAGAAACUGUACCAGGUGGUGGAAGAACACCGGCUAGUCUCCCUCAUCACGUUGCUUAGAGAUGCUGUUUUCUGUGAGAGCAGUCCACCUCGGUCUGCUCAGGAUAAGCAGAGAAGAGAGAAGAGGACAUUUGCAGGGAUGAUGAGAUACAUUCCAGACCUUCUGGGAAAAUGUAUCGGAGAAGAGGCCAAGUAUGAAGGUGUAUGUCUUCUCUUUGAUGGGCUGCAGCAGCCAGUUGUCAACAAGCAGUUGACCUACGUUCUCUUGGAUAUCGCCAUUCAAGAGCUUUUUCCUGAGCUAAACAAGCAGUUGCAGAAGGAGUCUUCCAUCAAUGCUCCCUGGAUGUGAACUGGUACUACUGACACAAACACACUAAUUAAUGACACUACUAAGGCACUUGUACUUUCACAAAGACCUAUGUUGGUCUUAUUGUUCUGGUGUACAGUAUGUAUACUUUUAUUAUGUAAAAUAAAGACAUAUAUAACACUGUU